GAGACAACAGUUUGGAACCCCUGCAAUAAGAUGACAGUGUAUUAGGAGAAGAUGUUUUCACCCAGAUGAUGGUUGGACACUGGAGUAGGCUUCCCAUGAAAGCAGUCACAGCCCCAAGCCUGCCAGGGCUCUUAGGCACACGGUGUGACUCUUGGGGUGUCCUCUGCAGAGACAGAAGUUGGACUUGAUCAUCCUAAUGGGUCCCUUCCAACUGAGGAUAUUCUAUGUGGUCGAAGUUUGGUGUAAGACACUGUAGGACUUAAUAAGUGUGAUGGAAGGAGACUGGAAGAAUAACAUGGAAAGCAGUUUUAAUCCUGGUGUAUUGCUGGAAACUGUGAGUUGGUACCUUUUUUCUGUAACAAGAGGACAUGAGCUGAGCUCCAGAUCUCUGGUUUUUGGGGUUGGCUGAGUACAGAGGCAGCCAUUGACUGGAGUAAAGGAGGAAAAACCCUUGCUCAGAGGCAGGCUGAAGAGUGGAAGUUCUGCAUGCUAACACAAAGCAGUGUGUAACAGGAUGAAAUCUAAUCAUGCUUCCCUGGUCUUGGGUCAUCAUCAGAAAGGGAUGAUUUGCUUCCCAAGGGAAGACCUUGUACUUCAGCAUUUCUAGUACGUGAAACUGGCAUCAGUCCUUGCCAUGUAAUCUAUGAAUGCAGGCACAUUGCUCUCCUGGCUUCUGGUGACAAAUGUGCUACUUUGCCUCAUUGCUGCUUUAGGCUCAGAGGGUCUGUGCUGCUUCUUUGGAGAGAAACCUAAAGCACAGCUUCUGAGUGCUGACUUCAAAAGGUGUCCACUAUCUCCUCACAGUGGUGUGACCUAUUUGAGGUCUGUCUGCCAAGCACAGGUCAGCUGAUGCUACCGAGUUGUUUCUCUGGAAAUGAACCCAGGAAGUAAUGUGAAAGGUCAUGUGAAGCUCUGUCACAGCAGAAAUUUUCUAAAAGAUUGCUUUACCUAGCUGAGCUUGGCAAAGAGAGGAUAUGAACAAUUAUACAGGUGGGCUACUCGGGGGGAGUGAAGAUAUAAGGCAUCCAAACAGGUACUGGCAACCUGCAGCUCUGUAAGAAUGCCACUCCAGCAGAUUUCUGUAGUGCCAGCGCGGGAGACUGCCAACAAUGGGAGAAGUUCAAUGGGCACAAACAAAGAGAAGAGCAAGGAGGUGGAGAAUUUCAGAAAUUGAGAAGGGAUAAGUGGAAGGAGAAAAUGUUGGGCUGGUGCCAAGCGAUAGCUCGUAACCCUCACAGACUUCCAAACAGCACAAGAACACCCGAGGUCUCAGGUGAUGCUUCACAUAACUCUACUUUGAAUGAAAAAUCCCCAGGGCGUUCCACAAGUCGAUCAAGUAAUAUUUCAAAGGCAAGCAGUCCUACAACAGGAACAGCUCCCAGGAGUCAAUCUCGGUUAUCUGUCUGCCCCUCCACUCAGGACAUUUGUAGAUCAACUACCUUGCAUGAUUUGUCAGAAGAUGAGCUUGAGCAUGCAACCCCUGUCAUGGUGCUGACCCCUUCUAAUAGGGAGCUGGGUGGUAAGAAACUCAUAAAACGAAGGUUUAGGCGGAAAAAAGAGACUGGAGACAAUGGUGAGCACACAGAAAAGCAAGGAAAGGGGAGAAACUGUAAAUUGCAUCCUGAGCCUCCAAGAUCCAGCUGGAACGCAUCUGAUUCAUCAUCAUCUUCGGAUGAGAGUCAGUGGGCUCAGGCUAGGAGGAGAGCAAGAGAAAAGGCCAGGAUGGCCAGGAGAGGGAGAAGAAAUAAUAGAUCAUGCAGUAACCAGGAUGGGUCCUCAAACAGUAAUGCUGUUGAACUUGUCACCUUGGGGACAACAGGAAAAGAGAAACAAGAGGUGUCUGACCCUGAGAAUCCCACUUUAAAUCACCGCCGAAGGAUUUCGAGGCUUAAGGAAUCACAGUCUUCAGCAUCAUCUCAGGAUGCAAGGAUUUCCUCAAGAAAAUGUGGGAAAAGCAAAGGGAAAAGCUCCCACAGAGACCGGCAGCCUGCGCCUUUCCUUAGGCACACCAAGGACUCCUUUGCAGAGGCAGGCUCUGGCAGUGAUGCCCUGGCUGCCCCAGAUCAUGGAGCACCUGCUGGGGCCGGGCCCACUGUGCCUCAUGCUGCUCAGAAGCCUCCAGUGUUGUAUGAUGACUGGUCUGAUGAUUUAGAAGUAUGCAGGAUCUGUCACUGUGAGGGAGAUGAUGAGAGCCCCCUCAUCACGCCGUGCCGCUGCACGGGCACCCUGCGCUUUGUGCACCAGGCCUGCCUGCACCAGUGGAUCAAGAGCUCGGACACGCGCUGCUGCGAGCUCUGCAAGUACGACUUCAUCAUGGAGACCAAGCUCAAGCCCCUCCGCAAGUGGGAGAAAUUGCAGAUGACAACAAGUGAGAGGAGAAAAAUUGUGUGCUCAGUCACAUUCCAUAUAAUUGCAAUUACCUGUGUUGUUUGGUCAUUGUAUGUUUUAAUUGACAGAACUGCUGAAGAAAUUAAACAAGGCAAUGAUAAUGGUGUCCUCGAAUGGCCAUUCUGGACAAAACUCGUUGUGGUGGCCAUUGGAUUCACAGGAGGCCUGGUCUUCAUGUACGUGCAGUGCAAGGUUUAUGUCCAGCUGUGGCGCAGGUUGAAAGCCUACAACAGAGUGAUCUUUGUUCAGAACUGCCCGGACACCAUAAAAAAACUGGAGGAGAAAAGCUCUCCGUGCACUCAGCCCUCGGAGCUGAAGGACGCGGUGGUGGUGCCGGUAGCACAGACAGGUACAAACUCUCAGCCGGCGGCGGAAGAGGCGACGUCGGAGGUCAUGCCAGUUUGACACGGACAGCGCUGCUUCUCCCUCGCAGAGUAAGCCGUAGUGUCUGCUACACUACAAAUGCUACAAGAAAGUAGUAAUGACUGUGCAUUUUUUCAGUUUAAGAAGACCCCAACCAAACGACAAAAAAAAAAUACCCCAUACAAAAACCAAAACAGUACAAGGAAAAUGGAUCCAGCAAAGCAAUUUGUUACUGUAAGGAAUGUGACCGUUCGUGAUGUAAUUUCGCAACUAGUCAGCAAGUGUAGUGAAAGUGGAAGUGUAGAAAGUGCAAUAGAGAACAGGUUUAACAGACAAUGCCAAACCUAUGUAACAAUGUACUUUUUUUUUCCUAACUGGGCUGGCUGGGAAAGUAGAAAACAAAAGUGACACAAUGAUUUUGUUUACAGAAGACACAAAACCUUUCAUGUGUUUACUACUAGAAGUUGUAUUUGCUAUUUACCUUUUCAGAGAUACACUUCAAAGGGUACCAAUCCAAGUAAUAUGCAUUAACAGAAUCAAAGUACAGAGAGCUGUACUGCAGCACUUCCUCUCUAAGCCUCAUAUGGUAACACCUUGUGACUGUAUGUGCCUGAAUGUUUGGGCAGCUGUGUCAACUAUGGAUAUUUGAACCAGUUGUUUUUAACUAUGGCUGGAUUUUUGAAAAGUAAGCAGUUCCAACCAGUAUAAACUCACAUUUCCAUAAGCUGCAGAU